CAGACGCACACGCACGCACUCUCACACACACUUGCAGUCUCACACACACUCACGCUCAUAUAACACGAACAGCACAUCUCCCUUCCUCGGAUCGUUGUUCAAACCAUGCCAUUGAGAAAGAGUCGUUCCCAUUGGUUCAUUAACAAGAAUCGCUGCUCACUGAUUGGCUAAGAGGACGCAGGUGUGACUGGUGUUGAUUCUUAAUGAUGCGCAAGUGUGGUAGUAGUGACGUGUUAGUGGUGGUGGUGGUGGUGGUGAUGGCAGUGGUAGUGUUGAUGGUGAUGACGACAGCGUGUUUCCUGCUGCGUGUUUUGUCAACGGACAGGCGCACAUCACACCACAUGGAGUCACAUGAGGAGGAGAGCAGCUGUAAUGAAGGAGAGGAGGGAUGCAUUGUCCCCUACGCGGGCUUUGAGAACGACGAUGAAGAAGGCGACGAAGAACAAGAACAACAUAAAGGAGAUGAAGUGAAAAGUCGACAAAAGAGAUUUUUCUUUUCUCCGUUUUUUUCCUUCAUCGAAACAUUUUUCAGAGGUCUUUUUGAAGGAAAUUUAAGAAUUAGCCCCGAAAUAACCUUGCCCAUGGGUGACAGAGAGUCUGACGAGCCCAUCAAAAUCAACCUUCCCGACAUAUUGAUUAGUAUUGAUGCAAUACAAAGCUUCCUGGGUGACAUCGGCAAUUUCAACAUAUUCGGGCGGAGGCGCAGAAGGAAACGGGCGGCGGUGGCUGACAUCACGGCUCUUGGUGGGGAGCGACUGGUAGUUUACGGAGCCCUAGAGGAAAUCAUAAGGAGCUUGGGGUUGCCAGGGCGGCCGUGCUUGCUGCGUACUAUCUGUGAAGUGUCCCGGGCGCCCUUGGUGAACUACAUAUUCUUCAGGAAGGUCUUGAGCCCCAGCCACGCCCCCUCCCACCAAAAGAGGUACCUAGCGGCUUACCUGCAGGCUGAGAGGGCAGGCAGCACCACGGGGGACUGCACAGCCUACCACCCAACCUGCCCAAAGACCCUGCUGACGAAAACGAAACUGUCUGUGUAGGGAUACGUGUGUGUGUGUGUGUGUGUGUGUGUGUGUGUGUGUGUGUGUGUGUGUGUGUGUGUGUGUCAGUCUGUUUGUCUUUCUGCUUGUCUAAAUAUGUAUGUUUGGGUUCCUAUCUAUCUAUCUAUUUAUAUUUAUCUCUAUCUGUCUAUCUAUCUAUGUUUGUCUAUUUAUGUUUGUUUAUGUGCUUGUCUGUCUGUCUCAGUGUUUGUCAGUAUGUAUG